UCUAGUGGCCGCAGUCGCGCUCGAACUCGUUUCGCUUCGGCUGUUGUAUGAGUAAUUUAUCAUCAAACAAGUUUUUCCAUAUUAUUCAAAAAACUAUUCAAGUUAGUUGAAAGAAUAAUCUUGUGAAUGGUGAACGUACACGUACAAAACUCUAAUUUAUCAAUGGGAAAACGUUGCUGCUGGUCUGCCGCUGGGUGCUAGUUUUUCGGUUUACCGUGGGUAACCCCUUUUUGCAUUGGGCUGUCGUGUUCGGGUUUACUGUACACUUGGUCGUCUCCCGUGUAUCGGAAAGCAGUGUUCCGACGCGUCAAACUGUGCGAGUGCGAGUAUUGUGUUUUCAUUACAUUUUUUCCAUUCGGCGUCAAGUUCGGAGUGUAUGUAAACCAACCCUCCCGUUGCGGAGUUUGCCUGUUUGACUCGCUUUGUUUGGGCAAAGGAAAAUAAUAAAUUCUAAUCUGUCAUCCGGAGGAGACGGAUCCAGAGGGAAAAAAUAUAUACAUUUCUGUAACCCGCCGCGCUCUGCGUACGAGUGUGACAUUUCCGGUUAAACAACGGGCGAUCGGAGCGCCAUCUUACCAAUCGAAGAAAGAACCUUUCGGAAGAUUAAUUGAUUAUCAUUUUUUUCGGCGCGAGUAUCAAAUGACCGUCGUGACGAUUCGGUGAGUGACCUUUUUGUCACUGAAGAAAUCAAGAGAAACACGGUUUGGUGAGAAUCCGCUGCGGUGAUUGAUGGCAACAGUGAUAAACACGUUGAAUGUCAGUGCGAUUGUGUCAGUUUUGUUUUCUAUUAUUCGGUGAAACCCCGAAGGAGAAAUUCUCUUGCGCCAAAACUAGGCAAGUACGGAGUAUAACGAACAUGUAAAAUUGCUCAUUGUUAUUUUCAUAACGCGCAAUUAGCGGUCGAAAAAGCCUCAAAAGGCAGCUCACCAAAAAAAGAAGUUAAUAGCUCCCAGAGUUUAAACGGCGGAGAAAGAAACGAAAAAUUGAAUAAAGCGAAAUGUGUUAGAAGUUGCCGCUCGCCUAUCGUUUUCUAAAUAUCAAAUUAAACAAAUAAGCGCUAGAGCGGGAGGCGAUCGAACGGCACGAAUGCGCCGAAGAGAGCGAAAAGGAGCCAAGAGAGGGAGCAAAAACUGAACGCUUAACAAAAAGUGUUUUUAAGAUGACUCAUUUGAUUUAAUUGUACGCUCUCCUAAAAAUUACUGCUGUUCCAAGCUCGUGGAGGAAGUUUAGUGAAGAGGCAUCUAUCGAUUCCAACCGAAAAAAAAAUAGAAGAAAAUAACACACAAAACCUAUCGACAUUUGGGAAAUAUAGAGUAAAAGUGAUCAUCGCCCGCGUGAAAGGUCAGAGAUAAGAAGCGAAAGAGAAGAGUGGUUGUGUUGAUAGCGAAGCGAAGCGGCGACGGGCAGCAGGAGCAGAAGAAGAAGAGAGUGCGUAGCUUUUCGGCAGACGCAACUGUUACGAGAAACGCCAGCCAAAACGUCGGAUCCCACGCGGAGGCUCGAACAUACGGCGUUCAGCAUGUUGACCGACAUGAGUCCGUCGGCAGCCGGACAGUUCUACGGUGCCCAGAUACCGGCCAUGGGCAUGAACAUCACCAACAUCGCGACGCACAUGCAGAAACCAACGGAACAUCCCGGUCUGAGAGGUACACCGCUGGCAAUGUUAGCUGCACAGUGCAAUAAGUUAUCUAACAAGUCACCACCACCUCUAGCUGACGCCGCCGUUGGCAAAGGGUUUCAUCCGUGGAAGAAAAGUCCCAUAUCGUCCGGACCACACUCGCCAAACUCCCUCGGAAGUCCUCAGACGGCAACCAGCAGCAGUUCGUCCAGCAACGUGAUACAGUCCACGCAGAGGACUCCAUCGGCAUCGUCCGCGUCGUCAACUGCCAGCUCAAUGGCGAACUUGACCAACAGUCGCCCAAUAACGUCGUCUUGUUCGGCGUCCACAACGCCGUCCUAUGGCAGUGACUUGUAUUUCCCGGGAGCCACCACAUCGCCAGCUUGUGCCGAGAAUCCACACAUGCAGCACGGCAUUCUGGGGAAGGUCGAGGGUACGACCCUAGGUUCGGUCUACUCCCGACAUCCCUACGAUUGGCCUUUCAACGCCGUUACGGCUGCGACGGCCCACAAGACCGACAACAUGAACUCCGGCUGGUGGGAUAUGCAUGGAGCGGCUGGCGGCUGGUUGGACAUGGGAAGCGCCGGAAUGCACGCCGCUACUAUGGCAAACUAUGCGGCUUCGGCUGCCGUCAGUACUGACUAUUCGACGCUGACACAUUCACUCACGAAUACGGCACACCUGCUUGGCACCGGGCAGCACCUACUGCAGGAUACAUACAAAAGUAUGCUACCAUCUCAGGGCGUCGGAAGCUUCGGCUUGCCACAUACACCGCCUUCACCGGCACCGCCAACGCCGCAGGCUCCGUCUCCUCGCAGUCAGCGUCGCUAUUCGGGCCGUGCCACCUGUGACUGUCCGAAUUGUCAGGAAGCGGAACGGCUCGGACCGGCCGGAGUUCAUCUACGCAAGAAGAACAUCCAUAGCUGUCACAUUCCUGGCUGUGGUAAGGUUUACGGGAAAACAAGUCACCUGAAGGCUCACCUUCGAUGGCACACCGGCGAACGGCCAUUCGUCUGCAAUUGGUUAUUCUGUGGCAAGCGCUUCACCCGAUCCGAUGAACUCCAGCGCCAUCUACGCACACAUACAGCAAAACACGUCAAAACCCACGGAUCAUCGACGACCGGUGGCAAUGGCAGCGCUGGCACCGGAGCGACCAAGAAAACUUCAUCCGACUCGUGCAGCGACUCCGAGGAGACCAACCAAACCGAUAUCCACCAACAACAGCAACAGCAGCAGCAGCAACAAUCCGGUGGAGGCGGCGGCGGCGGAGCUCCCGGAGGAGGCGGUGUAGGCGGUAGUCCGGGUUCGGCCAAUCACGUCGGUGGAAUGGCCCCGGGUAUGUCCAUGGGUGGACAUCCCGGAUCGCUGAGUCAUCCCUCGCAGCAGCAGCAACAUGGGGCACCUCACCACCAUGCCCACACCCCCAGCCCCGGAUUAGAUCACGUCAAUCAGCUGGACGUGAAGCCGGGUAUCGUCUGAGGCAUGCUGGGGGCACCCCUUUUUGGCCAUCACCAUCACAAUGGCCAACUUAUGGGGCCCUUUUAAAAAGUGGAACUUUUCCUUGGGGGGUAUUUAGAUGAACUCGGUUUUUGGACAGGGUGGGAUGUGAAAUGGUAAUCAACGGGUACAAAAGUCUCGACACUUACGCGUGUGCUUGUUGAGGAUGUGGCUUAUUUUUGUAGUGUUUGUGAACUGUGUUUAAAUUGAAAUUACUUCUCUUCAAAAACAUUUCUUGACAUAUUUUUGAUUACAAAAUUACUUUUCUUUACUCCACUCUUUCUCAAAUUUAAACGUUCAAUUUUUACUCAUUCGUUAAAGGCCUUAUAGGGAGCUUUGAUUGUAGACUUUGGUUAAGACACAUUGAAAGACUUUUUCAGAAAAUGUUUGAGGAAACUUCUACAAGGAUCACAUUAACGACCAUUGAUGAAUCCCGUUUCAUUGAAGACUUUAGCGGAUACAUAAACAUAACUUCUGUUGAAGUUGUCCACAAAAAUUCUGGUGGAAUCCGAUCGACGAUGGGAUGUUAAAACACUUACUUUCGGCUACUUCUUCUUCUCUUCUGUUGUUGGUUGGGUAGGUGACAGCGACAAUACAUCCAUCUGUUUCGGCUACUUCUGACGACGGCUAGUGUACUCCUGGGAGGGAGAAACCAAUACAAAAUUUAUGUAUGUCAUAGUGAGCCGAGAUUCCGCUGUCACGAACUGUCACUGUGA